AUGUGCGCAGUAGCGACAGAACCUAAUGCCAUUCCAGUCUCCCUUCAGUGGACAGAGAAGCUGAUCCAUAAGGAGCAAGGGGCGCCAGUGGGCGAUCUAGGGCCGUCCGCUUGUCGGAAGCUGUCCGCAGAGGGACGGACAGCUGCACAGGCUCCCUCAGGCAGCAGGGAGGUGGCGCGUGAUACCGACAACAGCCGAGAAGUGAAUGACGGAGUAUCUCUUGAGGCCAGUCAAUCUGUCGCAAACGUUGAGUUGCCACCGUGGUGGCGGGAGCUCGUUUUCAAUGAGGGCUCCAAAAUGGAAGGAAUGCUAUGCAGCGUGGGUACGCCCGCCGUACUAUCCGUGGAGGUGGUAGGGCGCUCCUGUGAGGCGCUCCGAGACACUAGAGCCUCACGCAGUUUCAUCAACCCUCGAGUGGUUGACGCCUUACAGCUGAAAGUGAGGAAACUUUCGGAUAUGUGUGUAUUUACCGUUGCGAACGGUGCUCAGUUGCGUAUUGAUCGAACCGUGAAGAAUUUGACGGCCUGGUGUGGACGUGAAUGUUUUGCCGGGGAUUAUCUAGUGGGCCCAGUUCCCUAUGAUAUAGUCCUCGGAUUUGAUUGGUUGACGAAGCAUAAAGUUUCCUGGUACCUCUAA